AUGGAGGAGGUGUACAUAGCUGAGGAAGCAACGAGGAAGCAGGGGUCGAUCAGCAUGCGGAGCAACACGCUGGAGGGCCUAAGGGUCCCACUGUCCGAUGGGAGGUCAGGAAGGCAAAGGAAGCGCAUGAAGCGGAUCGCCAUAGCCGUUGGAUUCUUCGUCUUGAUCUUCGCCACCGUCUUCUUCGUCAAGAAGCUCAAGUCCUUCCAGGAGCAGUACGAUAACCCAGCCACUGAAGCUGGCGAGAGCCGAGAGUCUCAGGAGGCAGCAAAGAUCGCAGCCAGACAUUUCCCGCACGAGGUGUUGAAGGCCAUGGACCUCUCUGCCGACCCCUGCCAUGACUUCUACAGCUAUGCAUGCGGCACGUUCCAGGAGAUCACGCAGGAAGGAGGAGGAGUGUGCCUGGCCCCACCCCCUGAAACCCCUGCUCCUCAGGUCGAGGCCGAUCAAAACGAGUGGGCGCGAGCAUGGAGCGGCGUCAGCGCAAGGAACAACGAGUUGCUCCGAGAGGUUGUCGAGACGGAUCACGGACUGGCCGGCAACUUCUACCGCAGCUGCAUGAACAUGACGAGGAUCAACGAGCUGGGAGCGACGCCGAUCGAGCCCUACAAGAAGGCUCUUCACUGUAAGGAACACUCGCACGUCCCGUUCGCUCGCUUCCACCCCACACCCUGCGGUCUCGCUGCGCUGCAGGAGCUGCUGGUGCAGUGGCACAUGUCCGACAUCAAGGUGUUCUUCGACUGGAGUGUUGAGGUGAACCCGCACGAGCCGUCCAAGUAUGCCGUCAACCUGAUGCAAGACGGCAUCACGCUGCCCGACCCCAAGUGGUACUACAGCGGGAGCACGGAGGCCAACACGAAGCUCAAGGGGCUGGAGGAGGUCAUGAAGAAGGUCUUCAUGCUUGCGGGGGAGAGCAAGGAAGAGGCGGAGGAGGAUGCGAAGGCUACGCUGAACUUUGAGACGGAGCUGGCGAAGCUCUUCAAGGAUGCUACGCAGGAGAGGACAUCCACACAGGGUCAAUAUUCCCUUGACUCCCUCGACCAACUUUGCCCUUCUCUCGCUCUUCCGAAAGUUCUGAGCGCAAUGGCUGGACCCUACAAGGCUGACUUAAACAACGCGAAAGUGUUGAUUCGAAAUCCAGACUACUUCCGGGGCGUCCAAGAGUUGCUGCCCAAGACUCCUGCCUCGCACAUCCGAGCCUACAUGCUCUUCCGCGUUGCCUUCAUCCUCGGAGCGGACUUGAGCGAGGAUUUCUUGGCCGUCGGGCAGGAGCUGCAGCAGGUGGUGGUGGGGCAGAAGACGAGGGUGCCAAGAUGGUACAAGUGCUACAAGUCCGUCAACAAUGCGCUGCCCGACUACGUUGGCAAGGUCUUCGUCCAGCGCUACUUCUCAAUGGACAUCCUGUCUCAGGCCCAGGACAUGCUCAGCAGGAUCAGGGACGUGUUCCAGGAAGAGAUCCUGCAAGUCCCGUGGAUGGACGACAAGACCAAGUCCCUCGCCACCUACAAGCUGGCCGACAUGUUCUUCUCCAUCGGCUUCCCCCCGACAUGGGCGGACUACCGCGGCCUCUCCCUCUCCGGCGACUUCGUGCAGGACGGGGACAGGCUCUACAAGUGGUACAUCCACCACGCGUUCGCGCGGCUCUCGCGCCCCGUGCAGCGCAACAGGUGGGGGACGACGUCGCCUGCCAUGGUGGACGCGUUUUACAGCUACGACAAGAACGGAAUCUUCGUGCCUGCGGGCAUCCUGCAGAAGCCGUUCUUCUCCACCACCUACCGAGCUGCGCGCAACUUCGGGGCGAUCGGGACGAUCCUGGGGCAUGAGAUGACCCACGGGUUCGACGACCAGGGGAGGAAGUUCAACCCGGAGGGGAGGAUGAAGCAGUGGUGGUCCGACGCGGACAAAGACGCGUUCGAGGAGCGGGCAAGCUGUGUGGUCGAGCUGUACAACAGUAUGAAGCUGGACGGGAAGCACGUGAACGGGGAGCUGACACUCGGCGAGAACAUCGCUGACAUCGGGGGCGUCAAGAUCGCCUACAGAGCGAUGGAGCGGGAGCUGAGGGAGAAGGAGGGCCAGGCGGCUCCGAGCAGGACGGACAGGCAGCUGUUCUUCGUGGCUCAGGGUCAGAAUUGGUGCUCCAAGGCUCGCAAGCAGGCUGAAGAGCUGCAGCUCCUGACGGACCCUCAUGCUCCUGAUCGCUGGCGAGUCAACGGGCCUCUCUCCCAGACACCGGAGUUUGCCGAAGCCUUUCAGUGCGCUGUUGGCUCUCCAAUGAAUCCGAGGAAGAGAUGCGAGGUCUGGUAG